GGUGGUUUACUGGUUGCGUGCUGCUGCCGUGGGGGCCAAGCUGUCACCAUGCUCCGAAAGGCGCUGCGCCUCGGCUUGGCCUCCCGCCUCUUGAGCCGGGGACUAGGCACACGCAGAGGCGGCUCUACUCUGGACUGGGAUGGAAAGAUGUCAGAGAUAAAGAAGAAGCUCCAGUCAGUCCUUCCUGGAGGGACCUGGGAUCCACUGUAUGACACCAGCCACCUGCCCCCCGAACACUCGGAUGUGGUGAUUGUGGGGGGUGGGGUGCUUGGCUUGUCUGUGGCCUAUUGGCUGAAGAGGCUGGAGAAGCAGCAAGGUGCCAUCCGUGUGCUGGUGGUGGAACGAGACCACACGUAUUCCCAGGCCUCCACUGGGCUCUCCGUGGGUGGGAUUCGUCAGCAAUUCUCAUUACCUGAAAACAUCCAGCUUUCCCUCUUUUCCGUCAGCUUUCUACGGAACAUCAGUGAGUACCUGGCCGUAGUCGAUGAGCCUCCCCUGGACCUCCAGUUCAACCCUUCAGGUUACCUCUUGCUGGCUUCAGAACAGGAUGCUGGGAUCAUGGAGAGCAACGUGAAAGUGCAGAGGCAGGAAGGAGCCAAAGUUUGUCUCAUGUCUCCUGAGCAGCUUCGGAACAAGUUUCCCUGGAUCAACACAGAGGGAGUGGCUUUGGCAUCCUAUGGGUUAGAGGGCGAGGGUUGGUUUGACCCCUGGUGUCUGCUCCAGGGGCUUCGACGAAAGGUCCAGUCCAUGGGAGUCAUUUUCUGCCAUGGAGAAGUGACACGUUUCAUCUCUUCAUCUGACUGCAUGCAGACCCUAAGUGGGGAAGAAGUGACCUUGAAAAGAAUCCAUGAAGUCCAUGUGAAGAUGGACCACAGCCUGGAGUACCAGCCUGUGGAGUGUGCCAUAGUGGUCAACGCAGCAGGGGCCUGGUCUGGGCAAGUCGCAGAGCUAGCUGGUAUUGGGAAGGGGCCGCCUGGCACCCUGCAGGGCACCAAGCUACCUGUGGAGCCAAGGAAAAGGUAUGUGUACUUAUGGCACUGCCCCCAGGGACCAGGCCUGGAGGCUCCGCUGGUGGCCGAUACCACUGGAGCCUAUUUCCGCCGGGAAGGACUAGGCAGCAACUAUCUGGGUGGCUGUAGCCCCACUGAGGGGGAGGAACCAGACCCAGAGAACCUGGAAGUGGACCAUAACUUUUUUCAGGACAAGGUGUGGCCCCACUUGGCCCGGAGGGUACCAGCGUUUGAGACUCUCAAGGUUCGGAGUGCUUGGGCUGGCUAUUACGACUACAACACCUUCGACCAAAAUGGGGUGGUGGGCCCCCACCCCCUCGUCGUCAACAUGUACUUUGCUACUGGCUUCAGUGGCCACGGGCUCCAGCACUCUCCUGCUGUGGGGCGAGCUGUGGCAGAGAUGGUGCUGGAGGGCCACUUCCAGACCAUCAACCUGAGCCCCCUCCUCUUCUCCCGCUUUUACUUGGGCGAGAAGGUCCAGGAGCACAAUAUCAUCUGAGUCUGUCGCGCUGCCCCCAGAUGGCUGGGCCUGGGUAGACUACCAGUUCUGCGGGUCUGUGCCUGAGGGCCAGGCUGACAGAGAAUGAUGGGACAGGACACAGGACUGAUUCCUGGCCAAGGCUGAUGCCACCAGCCAAGGCUGUCUGCCUGGAGAGGACACCGCAGGGGCCUGAGGACUGUGGCCUGGACCAGUUCCUGAUACAACUCAGAGCCUCUGCCCUUCUGGCAGGGCCCUGCAGAGCCCGGGCAGGGGCAUUAUGGGACAACCAGGUCCAGAUUUAGUGAUUUGCCUGUUCCCCCAUUCAUGUGUAAUAAAUGUGAUUAUUCCUUCCAGCCUUCUCCCCUCCAUUUUUGACCUCCUGGUAUGGCCUUGGACGCGCCCCACCGGCCUCUGAUCCCAGGCUGAGAGGAGCAUAGCCUCCUCCAGGGGCACUCAAGUCCCAGGUUUCGGCCAGCGCCUCCUCCUCCCAAGCUCCUGCAGGGCUCUGGCUGUGGAAGGAAGGGAGGGGUUCGUCCGCCCAGUCAGUGUUACUCAACCCAGCUCUUCACCAGGCCCAGGCUGCAGCUAGAAACACACUAGUAGGCACAGCGCAUUACAGCCACUCAACUCACAAUUUUUAGACUUCAUGAUGGUAUGAAAACAUAACAUUCAGCCGAAAUUUUGUCUUUUGCUGUUUUCCUGGGCUAGUGUUGCGCCUGUUCUACUCUCAGGAUGCCGGGCAGCAGCGGCGAGCUCAGUCACAACCCAUAUGCUACCAUGUAGCGUCACCAGCGGGUUUGGGAUUCUGUGUUUUGUGUCUUUCCCUUCCAUCAUGUCUGUAUUUCAUUUUCAGUGCAAUAUUAA